AUGUCUACCGACAAAGUCACUUUCCUGCUCAACUGGCACGCCACGCCUUACCAUGCUCCCAUCUUUUUGGCUCAGUCGAAGGGAUUCUUUGCUGCUGAAGGGAUCAAGGUAGCCUUGCUGGAGCCUAAUGAUCCGUCGGACGUCACCGAGAUCAUUGGUUCGGGUAAGGUGGGCAUGGGUACUAAGGCCAUGAUCCAUACCAUCGCUGGUAAGGCCCGUGGGUUCCCAAUCCAAUCGAUUGGAACGCUGCUGGACGAGCCCUUCACUGGUGUAGUUUACCUUGAAGGUUCCGGGAUCACGACUGAUUUCCGCAGCCUGAAAGGCAAGCGUAUUGGCUACGUGGGCGAGUUUGGCAAGAUCCAGAUUGACGAGCUUACCUCGCACUUUGGCAUGUCCAAGUCGGACUACACCGCCGUGCGUGUCGGCAUGAAUGUCACUGAUGCCAUCAAGCGUGGUGACAUUGAUGCUGGCAUUGGUCUGGAGAAUGUCCAGAUGGUUGAGCUGGAGGAGUGGUGCAAGACUCAGGGCCGCCCCACUACCGAUGUCAAGAUGCUGCGCAUUGACGAGCUCGCAGAGCUUGGCUGCUGCUGCUUCUGCUCUAUCUUGUACAUUGCGAAUGAGUCGUUCCUUGCGCGCCACCCAGAAAAGGCCCUUGCCUUUAUGCGCGCUAUCAAACAGGCAACAGAUUUUGUGAUCAAUGAGCCCACCAAGGCUUGGAACGAGUACAAGCAGUUCAAGAAGUCGAUGAACACGGCUGAGAACGAGAAGGUAUUUGAGCGCUCGUACGUCUACAUGAGCCGUGACUGUGCCAAUGUCCCCCGCGAUUGGAAUAAGGUCACGAACUACUGCAAGCGUCUGGGUGUGGUGGAGCCCAACUUCCAGCAGAAUAUGACCAACAAGUUCCUUUCGUGGCAGCUUGAGCCGGAGAACCCCAAUCCCUCUGCGAAGCAGGUGGCCGUUGCGCAGUACCAGAAGGAAGUGGCCGCUGAGGGAGGCGUUCUCAAGCAUCACUCGACGCCUUUGAUUGUUGGAUAG